AUGUCCACCAAGAAGGGAGUUUGCAACACACUCAUCAGAAGAGCACAUUGCAUCAACGACCACAACUCCUUCCAGAAAGAAUUGCAACAUGCUAAGGAAGCCCUAAAACUGAAUGGUUAUCACACGAGAGCCAUUGCUACACCCAAACCCAGCAACAGCAUUGUAUUACAGGCAAAAUAUGAAGAAAAUACAGAACACAAAGAUGAAGCCACUAAGUCAACUACCAAAGCUCCAAGGAAAGUAGCUGUUCCUGUUAUGGACUACCUUACAGUUGAAGAAUAUGAUAGUGUUCCCAAAUACAUGAAAGGACGUUUACCAUAUGAAACUGUAAAUAAUGUUGUUGAGGGGAUCAACAAAGCGAUACUUGCCAAGUACACAUUCCUGAAACAACCAGUGAGCUCACUCAACAACAAAGACACAAAGAAACACAAAAAGUAUAAAGCACAGGAAACCAAAGACACAAAGGGUGUGUUUUUCUGUAUUGAUGAAGAUCUUAAAAACUACAGUAAUUGGCGUAUGGACAGCAGUACACGCUCAAGUCUGACAAUUUUACGUCAUUGUGGUAGAAUGCGUGAAACACGUGGCAAUGGAAUCGUUCGGUAUUGUUUAGUCUAGUAAAUCAUUAUCGUAAAAUAAUAUUCUUUUAGCACAAACAUUUGUAAGGUCUCCAUGAAAUGAUGUUGGGCCAGUGACCAUGGCCAGAUCACUUCUCACAUUUUUAAUAUAUAUAUA